AUGGAUCCCGUGACUUCUCUCAUCUCAAAACUCUCAAUUUCAAUUUAUCCAAUACACCAAGCUCCAGUCUAUUACUCAACCAUGAGUGAGAUUCUCAAUUUAUCCUAUGGGCAAUACCCAAACAGUACAAUCACUCAUUUAUACAACUUUCAAGAGUCACAAAUACCUUAUACAAAAGAUACAAAACUCAAUAACCAAUUAUCAACAUUUCUAUAUAAAUCAAUAGCUAAUGGAUCAGCUAACUAUUAUCCACGAGCGCUACUAUUCGACUUACGUGGUGGGUUGGGAGCUUUAAACAAGUAUGAAUAUUCUGAAGAAGUUCCUCAAUUGAACAUGCCUGUAGUUAAUCAACAACGAGUUACCACUCAAUUACAGAAGAAUGAAUAUCAAAAGAGCUUAGAUCAAGGUAAAACUGAUGGAUCGUUGUUGAAUACGGGUAAUACUAAAUACUGGACUGAUUAUAAUAAACUCAUAUACAAUCCAAAAUCAGUAAUCACCUUGCCUUCAUAUCAACAUCAAUAUGACAAAUUUGGAUCAAAUUAUAAUUUACCAGCACAAAAAUUUGACACUUUCUCAACGGGCAAAGAUGAAUUCAAAUCAAUUGAAGUCGAAUCAAUGGAAAGUUUCCGGUACUGGUUAGAAAAAUGUGAUUUCCUUCAAGGAUUACAAAUAGGUACUACUAUUGAUGAUUCAUGGAGUGGGGUCACAACAUCAAUGAUUGAAGUUGUCCAAGAUGAAUUUUUCAAUAAUAAAGAAAAUAUAUGGAUAUAUGGACAAUAUAACCAUCAAUUACAGAGAGAAAAGCCAUCGAUUAUUCACAAAGUAUCUCAAAUAAAGUCAUUUGUUGAACUCUACAAAUCACUGAGUUUAUUCAUCCCGUUGUCUCCUGAUUAUAAUUCACCAAUGUUGUCUGGAUUGGAUACUGGCUCCAUAUGGCAUACUUCUUGCAUUCCGGCCCUUUUCAUUAAUCUGAUUUGGGGCGUAAAUAAUCAAUAUGUUGACCAGGUGAAUAUGUUACAUAUGCAAGAAAAUUUAUUACAUGGAGAUGAGGCCAGGAAAAUUGUGAAUGAGGUUAAGGUCAUUGGUGAAAGGGAUGUUGGUGUAAGUGAUAUGAUGAUGGAGGUUGAUUUGACCAAAGUGCGUGAUUUAUCAACAUUGACUCAGCAAGCACUAAAACUGGAGAUCAAUUUGGGUAUAUCCAAGUCCACUGAAAAUAUACGAUAUAUAAACAGAAACUACGUCCUACAAGAUAAGAAGAAACUAGAUGUCAGCGGCAAUAGCAUAGCUUCCAACGAUGACGAUGUCCCUACAAAUGUAUACACGAACCCAUACAUGACUAAAAUAACUGAAAUUGACACAUUCCCGAACAUUUUACAAAACAAACGCGACGAAUUCCAUAUUGAAUUCAAUGUACACAAUGGCAUCAAAGAUACUCUCAAACCUUACAAAACAACAAUCGAUAGAUUGCGAUUGAAUCUCGAUGAUUUAAUUGAAGAUAAAGCAGAACUAGUCGAGGAUAUAAACAACAUUAUCCUGAGUUAUUCAUCAGGAUUUGAAUCUGACGGCGAUGACUACUAUGAUUAA